AGAAGAAGAAGGCCUCUGCUGGUGAGAAGAAGAAGGCAGCUUCUACUGCUGCCAAGGAAUCCAAGAAACAACCAUCAAAUGUAUGGACCAAAGCACACCCCAAAUUCACUUAUGGACAAGCUAUUCUAACAGAGGAAGAACUACUUGUCGCUGAACCUUUCACAGUUGAACUCCACACUUACUACAUGAAAGGUUGUCAGGGAAAUAAGAAAAAUGGCAUUGUGGUCAAGUACAGGCGUCAGCAUUAGAUGUGUCACUUCUGCGUUGCUUCACAUUAUCUCUGCUUCAAGAAACUAAGUCAAAGGCCAUACCUGUGGGCUUUCUUGAUCCUGAGCUAAUGUCCCUGUCAAACAUAACAUCUGACAAAUCUUAUGUGGUGGAUUAUUUGGGAAGGGCCCUCAAUCAUUAUGCUAAGAAGGAGAUAAUUAUGUUUCCACAUAACCCCGGUGGCCACGGGAUUUUAGUGGUAAUUAUUCCAAAAUGGAGCAAGGUUUUGUGCUUCGAUUCUCUCAGGUCCAAGGCACAUGAUCAUACCUUGUUGAAAGAAGUAAUUGAUGAGGCAUUUCAUUCAUACCCAGUCAGGGGGAAGAGAAGUAAGAGCUUGACACAUGUCUCCAAGUUCCCGCAAUCUGCUGGUAAUACCUGUGGUUUCUACACAGCAUAUCACAUGCUAGAAGCAAUGGAAAUACUAGGACUGGAUAAUUCUUUGGAUUUUGAAGUGAUGAAAAAUCCCAUCGACCAAGAUGUAAUGGUCAAGAUUCGAGAAAGGAUUGCCUCCUUCAUAAUGUCCCAGGUGAUCAACCCGAAAGGAGAGUUUCAUUGCGACAAUCUAGGUCUUAAUUAUAUUUGAACAAAAAAUGUCAAUUGUACUAUGAAAGAUGAAC